AUGAAGGAACGCCUGGCCCGUCCCCCGCCUCUGGCUCUCGCGCCCCCAACGAUACAACACACCAUCGUCGUCCGCGAAUCGGUCUUGCACUCCACCAAGAGACACCGACAUCCUUAUUCCUGGGCAGCCUACGCCGCAUCCGAAUCGCCCCAGACGAAGUGUCAUCAAAGUCGAUCCAACGACGAAAGCGCCUCCGAUCGCCAUAUCUGGUUCUCCCUGGCAAGCGACGUUGCCCAUAUCCACGUGUGCGCCGUCAUCAUUGCAGCCAUGACCACAUACCUGUACCAGGUGCCUCUCAUAACGGACUCCCAUACGGGCCAUACCAGCAUUGCAGCCCUCACAUUCCUCUCCCUCGACACCUUACUGUCCAUCCUGUCCCUCCUCCUCCGUCACCCGGAGCCCACCUUGCGCUUGCGUACAUCAUACGGUCCUUCCCUUCCCGGCCCGGCCCUCCUCGUCCGCCUCAUCCUAGCAGCAGGGCUCGUGGGCCUCUUUAUCACCUGGGUAGGCCACGCUCCCAAGCCCCGCGUCUUCGACCCCGGCUACCGCCUAUGGGGCACCGCGCCUAACACUGGCGAUCAGUUUGUGGCGGUGGCGGUUUUCGUUGUCGCCGUCUGGGACUUUGUCAUGGUCGUACUGGCACGGAGGGGCAUGGGAUGGUUCUUUGGGCACGAGGAGAACGGAACGCAAGUGGAGGAGGAAACGCGGAAAGGGGACGUAGAGGCUCGGGGACAUGCUAGUACUCGGCUCGGGAGGUGGUUAGGGCGGAUGCUGCAUGAGGGUCCCAAGGCGGGGUGGACCCGGCGAAGGGCGGGAGUGACGAGAUUCGGCUUCCGAGCUUAG